AUGGUCGAUCUACACUCUCUACCUGCCGGCACUUGGCCCGAAAAUGCCAUCCGCAACAAUGGCCCGGAUAAUCUAGUUCUCGAGCGCGCUAAGCUGCGUGAACUCGCAGAAGGGUGGCCAUGCUACCGUGAUGCCUGCGAAUGGGAGAAUUUCGAGACAAUCUUCCAUGAAGACGCGCAUGUUUACACCACCUGGUCUGGUCGCGUUCACUAUAAGGACUUCAUGGCAGCCUCAAAAGCCGGCAUGGACAAGGGUGCCUUCAUCAUGCACCGCUGCCAUGGAGUGACAACUGACAUCACACCUGAUGGAACUCGUGCUAUUACCAAAAUGAAGGCGACCAUCACUCAGCGUUUCACCAUUGACGGGUGCGAAGUCGACGCCGAAGCUGACUGCCGGUUCUGGUUCUGCUUUGAGAAGGUAGAUGGACGUUGGGGUGCUCGUUUUGUUCGUCACUGGUAUGAGAAGGAUAAGCUGCUUCCUGUCAACCCGAACAAGAUUCCACAAGUGAACGAAGAGAAGCUUAACUCUUACCCGGAAGGGUAUAAGUGUCUGGCGUAUUGCCAGGAGCUCACUAUGGGUGUGACUGUGUUGAAGGAUAUGCCAGGACAUAGACGCCAUGUUGGAACUGCAUGUGGGGACAAGCACGAUCUCUUGUAUAAAUUGUCUAAGGAUUGGCUGGAUGGAAAGAGCAUUGAUGUAUAA